AUGUCGAAAAACUCUAAAACUUCAUGGCACUUCGUCUCAUUUCUAUUAUGGACAGCAGUAUCUACAGAAUCCUCCAGAAUACUUUUUGUAUUCCAGUUUCCCUCGUUCAGCCACCAAAUAGCGUACCAACCGUUAUGGAGGGAAUUGUCUCUUAGAGGCCACCAAGUGACAGUUGUCACUCCCUACCCUCUCAAAGACGCCAGCUUAGUUAACCUUACAGAAAUACACAUAAGCAAUAUAGGAGAACCCCUCAAAACCUCCAUGGCAAAGGACGCUUCCUCCACAGAAAUAAUGAAGGACUUCUAUGCCACAUCAGCCAAACUCAUGGAAGUAGUCCUGGCACACCCAGACGUCAUCGAACUUUACACAGACCCAUCUAAAACAUUUGACUUGAUAGUCACAGAAUGCAUGCAUCCCGGUAUGUACAGCUUGGCAGCAAAGUUUCGAGCUGCUAUCAUAGGUGUGUCAAGCCAGGGUGUAGACGUGGCAACACACAGCUCCCUAGGUAAUCCGAUACAUCCAGUGCUGUUUCCAGAUCUUAUCCUGGCUGACCAAGAUGAACUGAACUGGAGGCAGAAGCUCCACAGCAUAUAUUUCUCACUCUGGCUGUUGUAUUAUUACAACUAUGUGGUGGUGCCAGAAGCAGACAGUAUUGCCAGGAAGUAUCUGGGGGAAGAUUUGCCAUAUCUGGGAGAUAUUGGCAGGGAUGUUAGUUUGAUUUUCACCAGUACGAAUCCUGUUAUCUACAGGGUGAGGCCUGAUGUGCCAACUGUUGUGACGCUUGGGCAAAUGCAUUUGAGACCUCCAAAACCAUUGAGUAAGGUUCUACAAGAUAUCCUAGAUAAUUCCCAGAAUGGAGUAGUCUACUUCAGUUUGGGAUCUAACAUGAAUAGUUCUGAAUUAAAAAAGACCCUUCAAAAGGUCAUAGUCGAAGCAAUUGCAAGCCUUCCAUAUACAGUUCUAUGGAAAGUUGAUACAGGAAAGGAAAACCUGCCGGAUAUGCCUGAGAAUAUUAUAGUGCAAGAAUGGUUUCCACAACAGGAUCUUCUAGCUCACCCCAAUAUCAGAGUUUUCGUAACCCAAGGAGAUCUGCAGUCUAUAGAAGAGGCGAUUAUCAGAGGCGUACCGAUGGUGGGUUUGCCAUUUCUUGGGGAGCAAGCGAUGAAUGUGAAAAAAAUGUCUAAGGCUGGAAUUGGCCUUGAAGUUGAUCCUAGCACAGCGACCAUAGGAGAACUUAGAGCUGCUAUAAUGGAAGUAGCACAAAAUCGGAAGUAUCGAUUGAGAAUUCAAGAAAGCAGUAAAAUACUUGAUGACCAACCAAUGACCAGUCUCGAAAAAGCAGUUUGGUGGACAGAAUACGUCAUUAGGCAUAAUGGUACGAAAAUUCUGCGUAGUCCUACAGCAGAUUCACCUUGGUGGGAGUAUUUUCUACUCGAUAUACUAGGAAUAUUUGUUAUAGUCCUUUUUAUUUGUUACAAAAUGAUGCGGUACCUUCUGAAGUUAGUUAAUGUUGGUAAAAACAAAGUUAAAGUGAACUAA